CCAUACGGCGGUACCGGCCAGUGGCCGUGGUUUCCCUGGCCGAUGCCAGCCGCUGGGGGUUGGGGCCCUGCCCCCUGGGGGGUCACACAUACAUACCCAGGUGGGUUGGUGGGUCCUUUGCCAGGGGUGGGGCCGAGUACGCAAGGGGUGGCUGAGCAGGUGUGGCAAGGGGUCGUGCCUGCUUCCAGUGGACCUGGGUUGUCACCCAUGCAGGGUGCAGGUUGGUAUCCUAGGGGGGUUAUGCCUACACCUCAGCAUUCUCCGUAUGGGGCAGUGGGGUUGCCUUUGGGGGAUCACCUUUUACUGGCCACUAAGGAGAAGAUUUUGAAAGGGGAAUACGUUGACAUAUUCUCCUUGUUAUUUAGGGAACCCGAGGUAAAGCAUAAGGAGGGUGAGUCGUGUAAAGACCACGCUGUGACGAAGCGUAAGCCAGUUGAGAAAUCCUGGAAUAACUGGCUUUCGGGUUUUACGAUUUAUAUGGGGGUGGUCAUUCUGGCACAGCCGGCCAGAGCCCUGGCGUUAGUUAAGUAUAUGGACAUUAUCCAUCGGGCUGUGUCGGACUUUGCUGGCAAUGCUUGGGUCCGAUAUGAUGAGAAUUUUAGGAUGCGAGUCGCUUUGGAUCCAUCCCUGCCAUGGGAUGCGCCUCAUUUGGAGCUGUGGGUUCUCAUCAUGUCGCCGACGCAGCCAGUGGACGGUGAGAGAUCGGACAGUGGUCAUCUGUUAUCCAAGGCAGCGGCACUGUCUUUUCCCGCUGUUGCGGGCCAGCCGUGGGUUCAACCCCAGUCGGUUUGCUGGGAGUAUAAUCGCAGUGGCCGCUGUGGAAGACAGGCCUGUAAGUUUAGACACGUGUGUAGCAUCUGUGGUGCCAAGCACCCGAGCUCUUCGUGCCCCAGGGCUCGUGGCUUCGGGGCAGGAUCUAAGCCAAGGUUCGAUGGGGGCAAGAAGGGGGGCCCUCCCUCACCCCCUUCGGGUAAAGGGGCCCAGCCCAGUUAGACUGGACGUUUUGGAGCAGCUGUUAAUAGGCUACCCUAAUCGGGAGGCCGCUGCCUUGUUGAGUUCAGGGUUUAAAGAAGGUUUUAGGAUUCCGACGUUAUCUCAUAGGGUGGCCUUUAUGGCCGAUAACCUUAAAUCGGUUAAAGGGAUGGAGGUGGUAGUGGCCAGGAAGAUAGGUAAGGAGGUGGCUGCCGGGAGGGUGGCUGGGCCUUUCGAUCUUCCCCCCUUUGACAAUUUGAGGGUUUCCCCGUUGGGAGUUGUCCCGAAGAAGGCUCCAGGCGAGUACCGCCUCAUACAUCACCUGUCCUUUUUGGGUAUCGAGUUGGAUACGGUGGUUGGGUGUUCGCGUCUCCCGUUGGAGAAGUUGGCGAUGCUGCGGGGUCUUAUUGGGGCCAUGCAGGUGGCGUGGAAGGUUUCCCUUAAGGAGCUGCAGGUGGUGGUAGGUCAUUUGAAUUUCGCCUGCAGGGUGGUGGUACCCGGGAGGGCAUUUUUGAAGCGCCUUUGCGACCUGAUGUCCGGUUUGCGGGCUCCUCACCAUAGGGUAAGGCUUACGGAGGGGGUUAAGGCAGACUUGGCAGUAUGGGGCACGUUUUUGGAGCAAUUUAAUGGUGUUUCAUUCUGGAGGGCAGAGCAGCUAGUUGAGGCAGAGCUGCAGGUCCAUUCGGACGCGGCUGGGGGAGCGGGGUUUGGCGUUUAUUUUCGUGGGCGCUGGUGUUAUGGGUGUUGGCCGGUUGGUUGGGAGAGGGCCGGUAUCACUAGGGACCUUACCUUUUUGGAACUGUUCCCCAUUGUGGUGGCAGUGCACCUUUGGGCUGGGGAGUUCUCUAACUCCACAGUUCAGUUUUGGUGCGACAAUCAGGCAGUAGUGCAGGUUGUCAAUUCACAGACGUCAUGGUCCCCUCGGGUCAUGGGCUUGGUUAGAGCUUUUGUUUUGCAGUGUUUACGUGCCAACAUUUUAUUUCUGGCGCGACAUGUUCCAGGGCUUCAGAAUGACAUCGCUGAUGCCCUGUCUCAGUUUCAGUUAAACAGGUUUCGGGAACUGGCGCCGGAGGCUAUGCGGGACCCGGAGGUCAUGCCAGAAGCCCUGUGGAGGCUUGGCGCGUAGCUGCGCGGCAGGCCAUCGAUGCCUCCUUGGCGCCCAGUACCAGGGUUAGUUAUCGGGCGAAGGUAGGGGCAUUCUCUACGUUUAGGAGACAAGAGGACCUUGUGGAAGCAUGGCCUGUGCCUGUGGAACAUGUUAUGCAGUUCCUGGUGUCUCUUUUUAGGGCAGGUAAGGCGGUCUCGACCAUGGGAGGCUACGUCUCCGCUUUGGCCUUCGAGGCUCAAGUGCAGGGGGUGCAGGACACUACAGGUGAUCCUAGGGUUAAACGCAUGCUGGAGGGGUGGGCGCGGCAGCAGCCCAGGGGCCCAGAUAAAAGGAGGCCACUAACCUUGGACGUGGUGGCUGCACGGAUUCACCAUUUACCUGUCUGUUGCUCUUCCCCUUGGGAAGCUACGUUAAUGAAGGCUGCCUCCUUGGUUUAUUUUUUUUGGGCUUUUAGACCCAGUGAAGUUUUGCCACGGGGUAGGCAUUCGCCUGUGGGGCGUUGCCUGCAGUUUGGGGAUUUGUCGUUUGAGGGUAGGUUUGAGGGUAGGUUGCUACUCCGUAGCUCCAAGACUGAUCAGAAGGGGAAGGGGCAGGUGAUUAGGCUCCAUGCUGCCUCGGACCCGGGAAUGUGUCCAGUGAUGGCCUUACGGCAGUAUGUAGCAGGUGGUCCCAAGGCAUCUGGGUGUUUAUUUGUCCAUGAGAGGGGGGAUCCUUUAACCCAGUAUCAGCUAUGGGCUGUUCUGAGGAAGGCUAUGGCCUGUGCUGGUGUGUCAGACUUGGGGUUUAGCCUGCACUCCUUUAGAAUUGGGGCGGCUACUACAGCCAGUGGCCUGGGUUUGGAGGCGAGGGAUGUGCAGAGGAUUGGACGGUGGAAGUCUGAUGCUUUUUUACGCUAUGUGCGCUAAAGCGGCACAGUUGCGGCUGUUUGUUACCUGUUUGUUCUUUUAACAGGUGCUGGCGGGGCAGCGGCUCCGGUGAGAGGUGCUGGCGGGGCGGCGGCUCCUGUGAGAGUACUCCUGUGUGGCCAUUCCUUGGUGUUUUGGGCAUACAAGAGGGCCAGCGCCUCACGUUUUGGGACCCAACUAGCAUGCAGAAUAGGUCAAAGGGACAGAGGAAGAGAGAGAAAGGAAAGAGAAAAUGGGCAGUUUACUUGAAAAACUUCAACUCCACAGUUUAAACUCAAAUGUCCAACUUUCUGAUAGCCUGUUUUUGCCACACGGAGCCCUCUAAUCACAGUAGCCCAAUGCUUGCUUUUCCUCAGUUUAAUUCUCUUUGGAGUUAAGUUUGCAUGCUACUCUUUUUGGUUUGUUCUUUGCAAAACCAGUUCUGAAUCAUCUCUUACGGUUACUUAAGCUAACUGCAGUCCAUCCAGCACUCUGUAUUGUACCUGUUCCAUUCCUUUGUGCUUAAUUGUUUCAGAUUUGUUUGUAGCUGUAGCCUAGCAUUGCCAAAAUUUGCCCACCUUGAUGCUACUCUGCCCUGCCAAGGUCUGCUGCUGUAGUCUGGUACCAGCCAGUUCUGCAAGUCUGUGUGCUCUGUUGUGUUAAACUCUGUUGCUCAAGCCUGGAGCUAGGAAGCCACCUGAGUGCCUGUAGUUUGUAUGUCCUUUUAUGGUUUAAAUAGUAGUUAGGAUGUGUUUCUAUGUGCCUUUUUAAAUUGCCUAUAAAAUGGGAACAUAUUCCCCUGGCAGGAAGGGGUAGUGUCAAUUGAAUGAAUAACACACAAGUUGUGCAGUUCAGAUAAGUGGGAAUACAGAUGAACGGGUCUAACAAAAGUGGAUGGAAUAUGUUAUGAAACGAAUGUGAUUUUAAAUAAAAGAAAUGACAUUUUAAAGAAUGAAAAUCAAUGAGAUGAGGAAAUGGAAAAAGAAGUCUUGCAGACAGCCCUCUUAAGAAGAUUUCCUUGACAAUUUUGGGCUGGCAGUAUUAGUGGUGCCAUGGACUUCUACUUGACCAGCAACACCGUUUUCUCUCUUCCUCGCUCCCUCUGCUUUUGCUUUUAAGCUUGACGUCCAGCCUGAUAAAAUGACAGUUCACACUAUCAAGAACAGGGUAAGAGAAGUCUUCUACUCUAGUUCAGGAGCUGUGCAUACUCCUGAUAUGUGAUCAUCUGCCUGUUAAAAACAAGGCUGGAAGCACCAUCCAUGAUCAAGUGCUGAGCAGCAGCUGGGUUGGAGAGAUUUUCACCCGACCUCAUCCAGCAGCAGAGUUCUGCUACUGGGUAGGAUGGAGCCUUCUGACCUAGCUGCUGCUCAGCACACCAUCAUGGAUGGCAUCUCCAACCUUGCAUUUCACUGACAGAAUAUCCAAUAUUUGGGAGCACACACAGCUCCCGAACUAGGCUAGAAUAGGCCCUCCCCUAUUCUCAAUUGUGUGAACUGCCCUUAAGAGUUUUGAUGAAAUUGAAAAGUUUGCUCAUUCUUUGUGCUCUUUUAGUUGGCCUUAAUGGUUUUACUCAACCAUUAUUUUUGCCAUUUUUCUAAUGGAACGAUAUGGCUUCUUGCCAUUUUUUGUUUCUUUGCUCCAGUAAUACUCAGUGAUGGAAUGCUCCGUGAUAGGUCAGCUAAGGAGCAUCUGGCAGAAGGAGCUUCAGGAGGGCUCACAGUUCAGUGCUAGAGAACGCGUUUUGCUUGUAGAAGGCCCAGGUUUAAUCCGUGGCAUCUCCAUGUAGGAUGGGAAAGACCCCUGUCUGAAAGCUAGAAGAGUUGCUGCCUGUCGUUGUUGAGAAUAGUGACUUAGAUGUGCCAGUAGUCAGACUCAGUAAAAGGCAGCUUCCUAUGGUAUAGCAGUGCACUUACCACUACCCAACCUGCUUCUUUGUUCAGCCUUUACUACUGCUAUUUCUCCAUCCAAGAUAUAUCAUCAACACUUUGGCACUAAUAGCCCACACAGCCACCCUACUGAAUUAUUCCUUCCUAAAGUAUUCAUUUCCCUUUGAACCCAAAAAGAAAAUUUGCAUUCAGAUAAGUCCACAAACUAUUUUUAUUAGAUUAUCUUUGUGCUACUUUCUAAAACUUCAUUUUUAUUUCUUUUGAUUUUAUUUUUAAACACAACAGUAGCUUUAAGAAAAAGCUCCGAUAUUGAAUAAGUAAAGUAAAUACACUUUCUGGUUCAUAAAAGAAGAAAAGAAAAAAUAUACAUUUCUGUUCUUGUGAAUACAAAAUAUAAUUUAAUGUAAUUAAGAGCAUUUCAGUGCCAUCACUCUCUUAGCUUUACAAAUUUUUCAUAUUAUAAAAAAGAGAAAUGCUCUUUUCUUUCUUUCUAAUUUUGUUUCUAAAUAUAUAUAUUAACCCCUCUCAUCUCUAAUGCAAGGCAGCUAAUAGCAACAAAAGACAUAUAAUAAAAAAUUUUACAAUCAUAAAAAUGAAUUCAUCUUACUAUGCAACAGUUUUGUUUCCUUAAUAUUUAAAUCAAAAGGGUUUUUUUUAAGAACUCACAAAUCCUUUUAUUCCAAAAUCUAUAUUAUGUAUUUUUCUGCUACAUUUACACACUUUUCUCCAAGGAGCUCAGGGUCGUGCACUUGGAUGCAUCUACCACAUUUUAUCUUCACAACUACCCUGUGAGGUGGGUAGGCUAAAAUUGGCCAAAAGUGAAUAGUGACUUCCAUGGCCCAAGAGAGAAUUCAAGCCCCAGUCCAAAUGCCAUUUCAUCACACAUUGGCUCUCAAUUGGCCCUAUGCAACUGUUGUACUUGUUUAGUGGUCCCUUACGGUGGUGCAUAUCGCCAUCGGAAGUCAAUUUCGUUGAGGUUUGUAUGAACAUCAUGAUACAAAUGCAUUCCCCAUACAAUGGAGUUUUAAACAUUAACACAGCAGCAACUGGAGCUGCUCAUGAAUAGCCUUUUCUGUCACCUUUUCUGCGCAGUGGGGAAUGACUUGCCUAGGGAGCAAGAGGUUGCCGGUUCGAAUCCCCACUGGUAUGUUUCCCAGACUAUGGGAAGCACCCAUAUCAGGUAGCAGCGAUAUAGGAAGAGGCUGAAAGGCAUCAUCAUCUCAUACUAUGCGGGAUAUGGCAAUGGUAAACCCCUCAUGUAUUCUACCAAAGAAAAAUCACAGGGCUCUGUGGUCACCAGGAGUCGACACUGACCUGAGGGCACACUUUACCUUUACUAAUGAAUUGGACUGGUAAGCAAAGGAAAAAACAACGAGGCCAUUCAUACAAUCAAAAACUGUGUUCUACCUUGGUUUGGGAACUGUGUGUGCUCCCAGUUUUCAGUUGUGUAGAAGCAAGCUAAGAGGAAAACCUGGGUAGAAGUGAUGAUGUGGAAGCAAGAUCAGAGGAAAAGUUACCCAGGUUUUCCGCCUACCUUGCUUCCACAGAACCAAAAAUUGGGAGCACACACAGUCCCCAAACCCAGUUUUUGAUUUUGUGAAUGACCUCAAUGUCUUCCUUAAUCAAAACCUCGAUCUGUUCCUCAACAUAUGCCACUGGUGAUUGGGAAGACCAGUAAUUUCCAAUAAAUACUGGAUUAGUAUAAGUCUUUGUAAUUUACCCACUGUUCACUCUAAGGACAACUGCAAAAAGCAAAGACACUGUUGGGAUGAGAAGCAUACCAGCCAAGCCAAGAGGUGUUUGCUAUCAUGGCUUGCCUUAUGAUCAGGCAUAUUCUGCUGCUGAAAAGCAGGCUUGGACCUUCCUUGACAAAGAUGUAUGUAAAUGAGCCCUGAAUUAUGCAGAGUGUCACUCAUCACUCCCCUCUGUAUAUUUGUUACAUGAAGGCUUAUGCACGGCUGCCCUGUCUUGUAAAUGUUCUCAUUCAAAGGCUUUUUCUCCCCUUCCCCUACCCCUUCAGGUUUCUUCCCCCCCCCCACCCCCCGCCUCCUCCAAUCCUGCUUCUCUCUGCCAACAUGGUGCUUUAUCUCAGUCUUGGUCCAUUGCCUGAAUGAGGCCUCUCAAAAGGUACUUCCUUUCUGGCCUACGUUCAUCUUGGUGAAAAGCACGCCUCUCCUGCGCCUCUGAGUCGAGCUGGAGGGGAAUAUGAAGUCAACAAGUAUAAUAUGAAAAUAAACAAAAAUCCAGUUCAAACAAACCACUUGCCUCACGUAAAUAGUUUCUGGCCCAUUUUGAGCAUGCCCAGCAAAUCUUUGUGAGCUAUCUUGUUUUCCCCCUCCUCCAGAACUAACCCUGAGUUUUAAUCUUUCAAAAGCUCACCUUGUUUUGGAGCACUUAAUUCUGCACACACCACAAGCUGCUCAGGUAUUAUCAUGUAUUGAUGAUUCAUGAUGGCUCAGGCUGGAAAAUGAAAACCAAGGAGUCUAAUCAAUAAAAUUAUUUGUCCGUCUUUGAA